CAUGUACAUAUACUAGAACUUGAGGUCAAAAUACAGAAUGGAACAGAUGAAAUUUAUAUCUGCUUCCCAAGUAAAAAAUGUUCUUACAUUUGAAUUGCUUAUUCCACAAAUGGAGAAAGCACUUGCCAAAUUUUCAGACAAAAAAGUUGUUCAACCUGUAAGAUCUGUUAUUCCUGUCAAGGAAUCUGGUGGAUUUUUUGGUUUGAUGCCAUCUUUAUGCUCUGAAGACAAUGUUCUUGCUACUAAACUGGUAUCAUUUUAUCCAAACAACAAGGAUGUUCCCACUCACAAUGCAGUUAUUGCCAUGUUUAAUGCAUCCAAUGGUGUACCUGAAGUUAUAGUUGAUGGUGAAGUAAUUACAGCUAUGAGAACAGCAGCUGUUUCUGCAGUUGCUUCGAAGUUUCUUAGCAACAAAAACCCAAAGGUGUUGGCUUUAUUAGGAAGUGGUGUCCAGGCAAGGUCACAUUACCAAGCACUAUCUACACUGUACAAAUUUGAGGAGAUUAGGAUAUGGGGCAGAACCAAAACUAAUGUUGAACUUCUUGCAAGUGAAUUGAAUGGAAUAGCCUGCCAAACAGCAGAGGAUGCGGUGAAAGAAGCAGAUGUCAUAGUAACAGUUACUUCAUCAACCAUACCUAUACUGAAAAAGGAAUGGGUAAAACCAGGAGCCCAUAUAAAUGCUGUUGGAGCCUGUAGACCAGACUGGCAGGAAAUAGACCCAGAAUUGAUGAGAUCAGUUUCUCUGUUUGUUGAUAGUAGAGAUGCAGCAUUAACAGAAAGUGGAGAUGUCAUACUGUCUAAGGCUGACAUUGAAGCAGAAGUCGGUGAAGUCAUUCUGGGUAAAAAUGGUGGAAGAAAAACCGCAACAGACGUGACCUUGUUUAAAUCAUUAGGUCUUGCCAUUGAAGAUGCCUUGUCUGCCAAGCUUGUGUGUGAUCUUCUAAGCUCUUCUAAUUCAUCAUGAAGUUCUUCUUUAACAAAUAAAGAAGCUUAUUUUACUUUCCAAUCCCGGUGUAGCCAGAUUUUUUAUAAGAUUUUAUCAUUUAUAAAUGAGAAGCAUAAAAAAGGAAUUGAUUUUAUGAUUUUCAAUUGGAGAUUAAGAACUUUUCUGUUGGAGUUUGAGAUGCUCAGUAAACAAUAUGCAUGAUUUUGUGAAUAUAGUACUGAUAUAUAAUGUAUGAUGAAAAAUGUCAAUAUGGAGAUUUUUACCAACAAACUAGAGGUUCACAUAAAUACUACAAAAACAACUUUAGGAACAAUUUCAAAAAUGUUUAUUUUGGGUAUAAAUUUGUUUUAAUGGCAUGAGGUGUCAAAAUAUUUUUUAGUGUAUUUAUAUUAUUUUGUAAAAGCUUUAAAGAAGGCAAAUUUUCAUAUAGAUAACUUUAUAUUAAAGUAGUUAGUUAAGAAAUUUUUCAGUAUGGAUCCAUGGGACCUCAGUUGCAGAGAGGAGCGGUUUUAAGUAGUUCAAGAUAGUGAUAACUAGCCUAUCAACUCUAAGGUUGCUUAUCCGAACCCCCCUCAUGUCCAGGAGUAUUUGACAAUAUCAAAAUUCAACACAUGCCUUACCCUUUACAAAAGAUAAUAGAAAAAAGGGAAAUCUAAAAAUUCUGUGAAAAUUUAAGACUAUUAAAAUCAGUUAUUCUGUUGAAAAAGAAACAACUAUAUUGGAACUCAAACUCCAUUUUAAAGUCUUCAUACAUGAAUACAGUGAAUACAUAACCAGAAAUUAACUAGACACCUACAUUCUGAUCAAUGUAUGAAUAUUGUAAAUUUUAACUGUAUAUUGUUUUUGAUAUCAUUUUUUCGUUAUUGCAAGCAAUUAUUUAUAAAGAGUUGUAUUUUGGAUGCAUAACUUUUGUGUAAUUUUAUGAUAGCCAUAAUUUAUUUGAUUAUAUUGGAUUGGGAAAGCUGAUUUCACAACAUCACUGUUAACUGUACACUAUUUUGUUUAAAUUCAAGAGGUGCAUUUAUAAGUGCUAAUUUUUCAAAUAAAAUUACAUGUUAUUACAUGUAUACUAUUUUUUUAGUUCAGUGCUAAUUAGUCAAAACAAAUUACGGGAUAAUACUCCUUUUUGCACCACAAAGGCAACAACAUGUUGAUGAUUGCAAAUAUUAUUAAAUGAUUAAAGGAGAUAAAUAAUUAAAUUAUGAUUUAAUCAAUAUGCUCAUUGCAAAAUACAAUUGUGUAUCUGUAGGAAGAUUUCCACUGAAGAAGGCCUUAGAGGCCUAAAUAAUAUGGGACAAGGUUUAUAAUGUAACAAGGUGACUGUUCUCUUAAGGUAAAUUUUAAACAAAGAAGACUAAAUUAUUCAUAUUGAUAUAAAGAUAUAAUUUGUGAUAAAAUAAUUUUAUAAUAAAUGAUAUAAUAGAUUAA